CAUUGCACCUGCUCUGGAUGCGUUUUUUUCUUUGAGCUCGGGCCUGACAUCAACAAGGAAAUCAGCCCUGACUCCAGCAGGGCCUUCUGUAGCCUACACCAGCGUCUGUGUCCAGGCUUUCUAAGACAAGCAUCGAGGGCUUUGGGGGAGUUUGGGUUGUUCUGCUGCGUCCUGAGGAUCGACCCAGACGGACUCGUCGGUGCCAUGGAGCCCACAUCAGCUUGGUCGUGAACGCCGCAAACAGCGUAAGAAGAGCAACCAUUCUGGCCUAAACUCCACUCCAGCUCCAAACAGACAGACAGACAGACCGAUCAAUAGACCGACAGACCGACCGGUGAGAGCGACAGACAGGCCCAGCCAAGACAUGGAGGCUAUAUGGCUCUAUCAGUUCCGGCUGAUCGUCAUCGGGGACUCCACGGUGGGCAAGUCGUGUCUGAUCCGGCGGUUCACGGAGGGACGCUUCGCCCAGGUGUCGGACCCCACGGUCGGCGUGGACUUCUUCUCCCGGCUGGUGGAGAUCGAGCCGGGCAAGCGGAUCAAACUGCAGAUCUGGGACACCGCGGGCCAGGAGCGUUUCAGGUCCAUCACUAGGGCUUACUACCGUAACUCUGUGGGAGGGCUCCUCCUGUUCGACAUCACCAACCGCCGCUCCUUUCAGAAUGUUCAUGAUUGGCUGGAGGAGGCUCGCAGCCACGUCCAGCCCCACAGCAUCGUCUUCCUAUUGGUGGGUCACAAAUGUGACCUGGAGGCACAGCGCCAGGUGACCCGCCAGGAAGCAGAGAAGCUGGCAGGGGCGUACGGGAUGCGCUACGUCGAGACGUCGGCGCGCGACGCCAUCAACGUGGAGCACGCCUUCACCGAGCUGACUAGAGACAUCUUCGCCCUGGUUCGGUCUGGUGAUAUCACAAUCCAGGAGGGCUGGGAGGGCGUGAAGAGCGGGUUUGUCCCCAAUGUGGUUCACUCCUCAGAGGAAGUGACCAAGAGUGACCGCCGCUGUCUGUGUUGAUGUGGGAAUGAGCUUUGGGACUGAAGGUGAAAAAGGGUAGAGAUUCAGAAAGGAUUCAGAGGAGAGUGGCUGACGGACUGAGGUGUCAGCCCUCUGAAUGAAACUGUUGAUAACCCUCUGUUGUUCUUUGUUCAGACUGGAUACAGAAGGGGAUGUUUAAUGACUUUCAAUGAAGGUAGAAGGCGGAGAAGAACACCUUGAACAUGGGUGGAUAGCUGAAGGGUUGUGCCCAUUUCUGUAUACGUUUUAUUUCCUGGAGAGGAAGGAUCUCAGAUGCUCAUUUACUUGCGAGGGCUCCCAUGAUUCCAUUCCUUUAGUUCUGGUUUGGGCUUCUUGCUUGAAAAUCCCUCCCUUAACGUCUUAUAAAGGCCUUAGAAAGAGGAUCCAUUUUUGUUCUUCAUCAAAAUAUGAUAAAAAUCUUUCUCUCUCUUAUCACUUCCUUCACCUCGCCUCCCACUACUUCUUAAUAUUUUCCUCUCUUCCAAUAUGCAGUUACAUGAUCACAUACCAAACGAUCACUUUUACGUUGGUGUCCAACAUUUUCCUAGCACAUAUCAUUUAAAGUUAAGUCGGCACCGUUAGAUUCAACUUCCCUCGUUAACAAGAGUCAUGUUUCUCUUGUGCUGACAUUUUGCUGCACAUUCCACUAUCAGAGGUCA